GAGGUCACGUGUUUCCUGUGGAGCUCCACUCGCCCAUGCACUCGCCCGUAUACUCUUUGCCCGUAGUCUGCAGCCAGACCCCUCUCGUUAGGUUUGAAAACAGCGCUCAUCCGGUGAGAUUUCACGAGAUUUUGGCUGUAGCUGUAUCCCUUCUAGCCACAACCCGUUCAGACAAGGUGACAGUCAUGGCGGCAGCGGUGGUUCGAGGAAUCGGUUCAAAUUUGUCAAAGAAUCUCCGUGAGAUACGCCUGCAUAUAUGUCAGACAUCAGCUGCUAGUCAGGGAGCAAGGGAUUUUAUUGAGCAGCAUUACGUGCCAUUAAAGAAGGCAAAUCCUGAUUUCCCUAUCCUGAUUCGAGAGUGCUCUGGGGUUCAGCCCAAACUGUGGGCACGAUAUGGCUUUGGUAAAGAACACAGUGUUUCAUUGGACAACAUGAACGUCGACCAAGUUGGCAAAACUUUGGAGACACUAAUAAACACAAAGCCCUGAGCCAACAUCUUUAAGGAAACAUAAAAUGAUAUAAAUGCUAUUUGUUUUUCUAUAUUAAAAAUAAAUGUAUACUCUCAAAGAACUUAAA